CCAAGUGAACCAGUUCGUGAAUUGUCUCAUCUCAACCCCAUGUGAGGUCAAAGUUUUACAAGAUACGUUAUCAACUUUAGUCAAAGAAGAAUUAAAGAAAGUUGGAGUAAACUGUGAUAUCAACAUCAAUAAGAGCCUGUCUACGCGUCAACCAGCAGCAACUUGGCCAACCGCAGCUAAAUCUUUAGCAGGGGGUAAAUAUUUUUAG